AGGCGACUGCUCUCGGGUCUGUUCUAUUUCAGUGAUAUAAAAGGUGGAGUCGGGUCGUUGAUUCGGUACAGUCAAACCGUAAAGCUUCAAUCAAUCACCAACUGCUCAACACAGACCUCUGUGAAACAAUCAUCCAAAAUGUUCAAAUUGGUGGUGUUGUCUGCUCUCCUUGCCGUCGCCGUUGCCGCUCCCAGUGAGACCGUCCAUGCCCCGGCCCCGCUUGCGUACACAUCUGUGGUUCAUCAACCCACCGUCUAUGCUCAGAAGGAAAUUCACUACCAGAAGAACAUCAUCGAAGAGCCAACCGUUGCCCACGUAGGAACCGUCUUGAAGCAUGUUCCAACUGGAGUUACCCACACCAGCUCGGCGGUGGUACAUCACGAUGCCAAGAUCUCUGAACCAAUCUAUGCUCCGACCGUGAAGAAGACCGUCGUGGAGACCCCGAUUGAGAAGACCACAUACCAUCAGACUUACGCUGCCGCUCCAGCUAUCACCUAUGCUGCUGCCCCGGCCGUGACUUAUGCUAAAGCUGCUUACGUCGAAGCUGCCCCAGCUCUGGCUCACAACUACGCUGCCGCUCCGGCUUACAGCUACGCUGCCGCUCCGGCUUACAGCAACGCUGCCGCUCCGGCUUACAGCUACGCUGCCGCUCCGGCUUACAGCUACGCUGCCGCUCCGGCUUACAGCUACGCUGCCGCUCCGGCUUACAGCUACGCUGCCGCUCCGGCUUACAGCUACGCUGCCGCCCCUGCUCUGAACUACGCCGCGGCGCCAGUUGCCUACUCCGGUAGCUAUUAUGGCGGAGUUCCUGCUGUGUACGCCAAGCACUAAAAGACUAUGACGACAAAAAAAAAGCAAUGAAAAUGACUGUAGGGAUCCUUUUCCUUUUGUUCACGCUUUGAUUGUUUCUUGUGAAAAAUGAGGAAGAUGAUGAAUGUAUUCGAAUAAAUUAUUUGAUUCAAAAGAA